AUGUCAACCUCGCUGCCACAGCUCCGGAUCUGGGAUCAUAUCCCCAACCCUUUCAACUCGUCACCCUCCUCGCCUUUCUCCGAUGCAGAAGACGACGGCCAGGACAGUAUCUCCAAGAUUAAACUCCUGGACCUGAACGAUGGGUCGAUGCACCACCCAUUCGAGGGCGAUAUCAUGGCUGCAACAAGGGAGGAGGAAUCUCUUUUCGCAAGCAGGAUGGCAAACGAGACGGCGAGGAGCGAUGACGCCCCAAUGGGCGUGUUGGAUUGGCUCGAUAUUGAGGCGGGGGAGGAAGCACAGGAUGAGGUUGUCACGGGGGGGUGGUCUUGGGCGAUGCCGAGACCGAUGCGGCCAACCGCCUCCAGGUUCUUCGUGCAGCUGCCCUACCAUUUGAGGUUACGCCACACCAAGGAUUUCGAUCAUACAAUGGCUGUCCCCCCACCCCGCCAAGUGGCCAUCGUGCCAGGCCGGAACGUCUGGCUGCCACUCGUUGACUCUUCCUCUGGGUGA